AUGACGCUGCUGCUGCUGUGCCUCGUGGUGUUCGGGAGGGUGUUCGCCAUCUGCUGCACCUCCAUUUGGUGGUACCUCUUGCCGAUCUUGAGCGGGGAGGAAGCCCUGGGCGCCGGGAGAUCACCAGCGACGACGGCGACGAAGCCACGCAAGGAUGUCGUUGGCUUCAAGGCCGGCGACAAGAUAGCGGUGGCGCCGCCUCCUUCGCAUGGCAAGAGGAGCAGCAGCGCUGGCGCCGCUCAUGAGAUGAUUUCACCGAGAAGCCAUGCACAUCGAAAGAAGGGGUAA